AAACAGGUGGGUUUUGAGCCUAGAUUUAAAGGAGGAGAGCGAGUCAGAGGUACGGAUGGCUUGAGGGAGAGAAUUACAGAGACGGGGAACAGAGCUGCUGAAGGCUCUGCUCCCCAUAAUCUAAGAAUAAAUAAAAAAAAAACCAACUACUGUGACCAAAUUAAACCGCAUUAACUUAAAAAAAAUUCAUUUGUCAUAUGAAAGCAGCAUCCGUUACAAUAUGUGGGCGGGGUCUAUCACGAGGAACCUGAGUGGGCGUGAGAGACGAGACAACACGCGAUUGGUCAAAAAACUGCUGACGCAAUCACUGUGUAAACAGAUCAAUACAUUUUAGCGUUGUUUAGGAAUGUUUGCAGUUUGGGCAUUAGUUUGAGCCUGAAUUGUGUUCCCGUAGUCGCAGCAACCCUCAAAAAGAAAAGUCUGAUUAUUCUUUCGAAUAAUUGUUCAUUUUCGUUUUUGGCUCUUCAAAAAUAAAAAAAAAAUAACUUUAAAAAUAAUAAUUACAUCUAUAAAUAAAAAUAAAUGUAUUUGGUAAAAAAAAUAUGACGAAGCUUCAAAGAGUUACAAGUUGUUCUAAAAGUACAUUUUGCAACAUUGGCCACCGGGUGGGGGUAUUAACCCGUCCCCAAAGCAGAAAUUCAUCCGUACUCUCCACCAGAUCAUAUAACCCCAGGAAUUAACCAGGUUUACCCGAGGACAUAAACACAAGUGUUAUUUUAAUGUUUGUGCAAUUAGUGUAAGGUACUUAAUCAUCACCUCACAGCUGUAGGAGCUUAUAUAAAGAGCUUAUGCCUCUUAAGACAAUAAUGAGAACAAAUGAGGUGGCACUAAUACUCCGGGGGUGUCCAGUAAUGCGCCUGUCAGGCGGACCAGGGAGCGCAUGUUCGUACAAGACACGGAGGCAGCAGGUAACACUGUCAUGCUUUAUUCUCUUCAUUUAGAAACUGUUAUCAGUUUGUUUGUUAUAUUUUUCACGUCGGUACGCGUUAAGAUGAGUAAUUUAACCCGUAGUGAAACUUUAAUUACACGACUCACGUGGCUUUGAGGUUGAUAAACAGCAAAGUUGUCCUAAAUUCUGAACGUGGGUGAACAUAAAAUGGGCGAGUCGCUGUCCAUAGUGCUGAAUAAAGAAACACGUCAUUGCGACACUUUAACUUUAUUUUUAUUCUCAUACAUACUUCAAGUUACCAACAUCAAGUAGUUCCCACACUCCAACUUCAUCUGAAGCUGCUUAUUUAUCACUGCAUCUUUCCGUUUCCACAGAUAUUCAUUUAAUUAAACAUGAGUCCAGAGGAAUCAGCAUGCCAACUCCACUACAGCCAGGUUGGACUUCUCAGGUGAAGCAUUUCCAACCCGUUUCCAAUAGCUGGGAUAAGAUGGCUUCAGACAAGAACUGUGGAUUUUAGUUACCUUCUUUCUACACGUGUAAGAUUAAACCCUGAAUGAGCUGUUCCUCCCUAAAGGAUUGCUUUUUUUUUUUGUUUAUGUUUUCAGGGUAUUUUUUGCUCAUUUUUUUAAAUAGGUGUGGUUAUGUUUGAAAGCAAUUUCAAACAACAUCAGUGUUGUUAUCAACAAGCCAUCAAGCUUUAAUAUUUUUAAUUAACUUAAUUCACUUUAGUCAGUAUUUUAUUGAACAUUUUUCUGUAAACUAGCAAAAUUCUCCAGUUCUCCACUCCCGUCAUUGUGCAACACCUCCACCCUAGCAGAUGAUCCCUCAUAUCCUUUUGCCUGGAUGACUAAGAAAAGCACCUCCAGAGACUUAGCAUGGCUGACUCCUUUCACCCUCCCACCUGGAGACAGAUGACAAAUGGAGACGGGCACCCCCACUUGAACAAUGGAAGCCAGAAUGGGGGUUCCCACAGCUCCACGCGCUACAUGCUGAAGAAACAGCAGCACCACAGACGUAAAUCCUCCUCACCUAUGGGCAGGGUCAUUCUCAUCAAUGCACCGGUUGAUGGAGGGGAUGACAGUGAAGAUAUUCACACACUGACAGUAGAUAAGAGACCAGAUGGGCGGCUUGGUUUUAGCGUCCGUGGUGGCUCUGAGCAUGGACUUGGCAUAUUUGUCAGCAAAGUUGAGGACGACAGCUCUGCAGCGCAGGCCGGGCUGACGGUGGGCGAUAAGCUGGUGGAGGUGAAUGGGGUCAGCCUGGAGAGCAUCACCAUGAGCAGCGCUGUGAAGGUCCUGACAGGAAACAACAGGCUCAGGAUGGUGGUGAGGCGAGUGGGAAAGAUCCCGGGCAUCCGCUACUCCAAGGAGAAGACCACAUGGGUGGAUCUAAUUCACCGACGGAUGGUGGUGGAGGAGAGCGGUCAGACACCGUCAGAGGCCAGCUCAGACAGUUCUCUCCGCCGCAUCGUCCAUCUCUUCACCACGUCAGACGACUACUGUCUGGGCUUCAACAUCAGAGGAGGCAAAGAGUUUGGACUGGGCAUUUAUGUCUCCAAGAUGGAUCCAGGUGGUCUUGCAGAGCAGCACGGCAUCAAAAUGGGGGAUCAGAUUCUCGCAGCCAACGGGGUGAGCUUCAAAGACAUCACCCACAGCAACGCAGUUGAGGUCCUGAAGAGCCACACCCAUGUCAUGUUGACCAUCAGGGAAGCUGGGAGAUACCCUGCCUACAAGGAAAUGGUAGCAGAAUACGGCUGGCUUGACAAAUUAGCCAAUGGUGGCCCUGCACCAUCCUCACAAGGUUCAGACUCCAACUCCUCCGUAUCCUCAUUGUCCUCCAGCACCCCUCUCAGCUCCCUCAGUGGACUCUCCCAGGUCCUCUUUCCUCCAGUCUUUGGCUCUGGGAUGGUAGACGUUGCCAUCUCCACAGAGGAUCACUCCAGACGUCUGUGCAGCACAGAGCAAACUGCUGACACCGCCAUGCAGACUGACCCCCAAGCUCCAAGUUACCUGUCACCUCACAGGUCAGACUCUGAUAGGCUGGUCGUCCCAGAAACUAGUCGGACUGUGGGUGAAACGAUGCUGCUGAAGGACACAAUCAUACAUGGGAAAGGAGAGGGGCCAAGGGACAUGGGAGGAGCCAGAGAAGGAGGACGGGGUCGCGUGAGGACACGGUCAGCUGGUGACCGGGAAUCAGAAAAACACUCCCCUAAAACGGAGGCCCUGAUGGCCCUGAGCAAGCCCAGGAAGCCAAUCCGACGUUCGCAGAGCCACAUCAUUGUGUCAGAAGACAGGAGGAAGAAAAAGAGACAACAGAAAGAGAAAAGCACAACAGAGGGUAAACCAAAUCUGCAACGCUCCAAAACAUUUGUCAACCUGCUUUUCAAGAAAGACCAUAAAGAGAAGAGUCGUUCAAAGUCUCCAUCCUACCACGCUAACAACGACAAGGAGCGAAGUCGUCCGUUUCAGCUGUUCAGCUCUCCGAAGGAAUCUCGAGCUGGGAGCCCGCUGCCUCAACAGGAGACGUUGCAGCAUGUGGAGAACAUGGCAAAGAAGCUGCUCAGCCCCGAUGAGGUGGCCGCCGUGAUGAGACACUGUCGACGUUUUUUCUCUGAUGCUGUCAUUGAGGAUUUGGUGCGCCCUCUCCUGGCGAUCUUAGAUCGACCAGAGAAGCUGCUCCUUCUCAGAGAAAUAAGAAUGCUGAUACCUACCACCGAGUUGGGUCGCUUUGACAGCAUGGUGAUGCCUUAUGAGCUGGAAGCAUAUGAUAUUCUCAAGAGUCGCUCUUUGCGUUCUCCUGCUCUGCGCUCACCUCGAAGUGGAACCCCACGACGUCACCUCAUCACUCCAAUUCCAGAUUACAGGGGCGGAUUCCACCUCCAGCCGGUCAACGGCACCCAGCGAGAGCGUCAGCUGAUAGAGGAGUUUGAGAGGCUUCGCCUGGCCAGCCAUCAGUCAGGCCAUGUGCCACCUUCCCGUGCCUUCACCCCUCUGCUGGAUGUACCUGUGGACAGUUAUUCCUCUUCCAUUACACAUUCCCGCUCCACGAGUCCCUCACCCUCUCGCAGUUCCCCCCUCACAGAGUCACCUUACAACAUUCAACAAGGGCGCCAGCCUCACCGCUACCAAAACAGGAGAGAGAGUGGGGCGCUACGCCACGAUGAGGUCUCUUUGCUGUCCGUAUCUGACCGUGGAGAGGCCGUCCAUGAGCGAGGGAGGUCACCUGUGAGGAAUGGUCAAGGGAGGGCAAGGAGGGAGGGGAGUCCUGACAGCGUGUACGGCAGACAGAGCAGACACGAGGGCUACACAGAGGUCAGUGUGACGGUUCCCUUGCAGAGGAGAGGAAGAACCCCUCUGGCAGAUGUGUUUGAUCCCCAAAGACAGAGGAGCACCUCCGCAGGCAGAGGAAUCAGUCAGCAGGUGAACGAACCCCCUCAAAAUGGUCAGCGGGUUAAAAGAAGAGAAACUCUACUACAUGAGGAAUAUGAAGUCACUACUUUAUCCAUCACCAAGGCCAAGAACUCCCUGGGUAUUAGUAUCUCUGGUGGUAUAGAGUCUAAGAUCCAGCCUGUGAUUAAGAUAGAGAAGAUCUUCCCAGGAGGAGCGGCCUCUCUAAAUGAGGCUCUGAAGGCUGGGUGCGAGCUGUUGUCGGUGGAUGGUGAGAGUCUGCAAGGGGUGACUCAUCAACAUGCCGUGGAUGUAAUUCGCCGCACCUUCAGCAACAAGGCCAAAGACCCCAUGAUUUUUGUAGUCAAGGUCCCUAAGUUUUCUAAAAGUCCCACGAGGCCUGCUCAAUGAUGUUUGUUUUCCCUUAAAGCCAGGCUGAACAGGAACAAAACCUGCAACCUGCACUGCAGAGUUCAACCCAGGAGAGGAGGCACAGAGAGUGGGAAUCACCUUAGCCAUGAUGCACAACAAUUUUUUUAUAACAACAAAAUAAAAUUUAACUUUUUAUUUUACUCAACCCGUACGUUGCAUCCGAGCUAACAGACUAGCAGGCUUUUCAAAAAGGGGCGUUUUAUGAUGAGAUUGAAGCGGUGCCACUGUUCGACACACGACAGCCUUGCUGUGACCUCUGAGCACUGUCUGAGUGGUCAGCACUUUACUGUUUUCAGCCCAGCGGCCAGAAGGAGAUUAUCCCAGUUUGUGUUAUGAGAUUUGCAGUUUUACACCCAGAUUAAACUCCUGUAUGAUGUCAAAACUGAUCUUUUGGUUUUGGAGGCUGUCUGGGUAGAUUAUCGCAAAUCGCUGCUCAGUAUUUGCUUUUCUUUUUUAAAAUGUUGUAGCAAAAGUACUUGAACUGUGAAGCAAUCUGCCACUUUAGAAGGUUAAUUACAUCAUUCGGUGGACAAAGCUUUACAAGCAUAUGAGGAGGUUGGAAAAACACAUCGAUAUAGAAUCAAGAAAUCUGCAGGAUUAUAGUUGAAAACGUGUCUUGGUAGAAGAGACGAGAGCAUGAGAGUGUGCUGUGCGUCGUGCCGUAUUAAGAACAGAGAGAAAGUUGCUCACAAACGGUUCUAAAGGAGAACUUUUAGGUACUUGCAUGCUGUUAAAAUACAACAAUAAACUGUGUAUCAAUGCUUUAGAGUUCUUAAAACUGCAGUGGUGCUUUUGUUAAGACUUUAUUUGUGUGUUGGUUAUGACCGGAUGCAUCAGAUUUUCCAGAGAAGGAAAUCCCAAAGGUGAAACAGCCUUUUACACAGUUGCUAAUUUUAAUAAGUUGUAAAAUUAUGGAAAAAUAAAUAUUUAUUGUGCUGUAGUACCUGCAU